UUAGUGAGACAUGGCUUAAAUGGACGACCCUCGGAAAUCAGGAGGACCGUACAACUAUGAACCGUCAACCUCAGAAAAAGUAGAUGAUCCAUCCUCAAAAAAGAAUAGAAAGAACAAGAAAGCAAACACUACAGCGCCCAGAAAGCGGAGAGCGAACAAACCUCCAGCAAGUGGUGGGGUCGGAGAACCAAUAGACGUUGACAGAUACAAUGAACCACAGAUAAACUACACGACUGGUGGGAGGGAGGAGGCUGCUAAACGGGGUAGAAGAGGUAGGGGAACAAGUAACGCACCCAAGAGACCCAAAGCACCGAGACAGCCCUCCCCCGCACCGAGACAGCCCUCCCCCGCACUGAGACAGCCCUCCCCCGCACCAGCAUUGUCGUGGAAUGCGUAUGGAGCACCCAACCCAGGGAGUACCAAUCAACCCACCGACUUUUGGAGCGUGUAUAAACCACCAACCUCCAUGGGACUGUAUGGACAGAACAGCCCAGAGACAAUAAAUCAACUUCAAAAUGCAGCAAUAAUAGACCAACUGCUGAGUCCUGGAUCAGGGAGAAUGGAACAACUCCAAUUAUCCGGUAGAAUAGACCAGCUUCUUAAUCCCACAGCUGGUAGAGGGAACCAACUCUCAGUCUCCAGAAUACCCGAUCAAGGGUAUAAACCUCACCCUUCAGGGGGGAUAUUCGGUGCCCCUGUCCCCCCAGGGAGGGCUGAUGAACUGCCGAGUUACUUCAGAGCAGAUCAGCUCUCAACCUCAAGUAGUGUUCCCAAGUCUGCCAAAGUAAAGGAACCAGCUAGGUACACUUCUAAAGUAAAAACCCCGCCAGCUUCUGAAAAGAUAAAGAUUGUAGCUGCUAGACCGAUAAGAUCUGAAAAGCCACCGACUACUAAUGAAUCGUCAUUCAGAACCACACAAGUUUUUCAACCUCAUACUCCACAAUCUGAAGCUGCGGUAAACCCACCAACUAAACAGAAACUGCAGAGAGUACCAACUCCACACCGGGAACAGAAACAGCCUACCUCUAGCGGGUUAUAUACUUUCAGAGAUGUUACGGUUUAUCCAGCAACUCCGGAGGACAAUGUUGAACGAUCAACUAGUAGACGUGAUGAAACACGUGCUAUUGUUGAACCACGUGCUAUUUUUGAACCACGUGCUAUUGUUGAACCACGUGCUAUUGUUGAACCACGUGCUAUUGUUGAACCACGUGCUAUUGUUGAACCACGUGCUAUUGUUGAACCACGUGCUAUUGUUGAACCACGUGCUAUUGUUGAACCACGUGCUAUUGUUGAACCAAGUGCUAUUGCUGAGAAACCAAUAUUCGAAAGCGUUUACGAUAUUUCCUCUUUGCAAAGAAAAAGGGAAAUCACAGACCGCGUAGCGGAAAGAAAUCAGGCCGACGAACCGCAUAUCUUUGGUAGUAGUCUUGAAUUUUCCGCAUCUGAAAAUGGCGAUGAAAUAGCAACUACUGCUAGAGCAGAUGAAAAACCUUCAUAUGCAUCCCAAGCUGAAGAGUCUAUCAUCUCAAACUGGAUAGAUGAAUUAAUUACUAAAUCUGAAGAGCAAAUUUCUCAGAUUGCCAAUGAAGAUACAUCGACAGCUUCUGAACCCGUUGAUGAGUCGCAAAUCUCGGAUAUCGUUUAUAAAACGCUUGUUCCAGAAAUCGAAAAUGAACCGCCUACUUCAGAAAUAGUAGAAAAACCGCCUACCUCAGAAAUAGUAGAAGAACCGCCUACUUCAGAAAUAGUAGAAGAACCGCUUACCUCUGAAAUAGUUGAAGAACCGCCAACUUCAGAAAUAAUAGAAGAACCGCCUUCUCCAGAAAUAGUAGAAGAACCGCCAACUUCAAAAAUGGUAGAAGAACUGCUUACUUCAGAAAUGGUAGAAGAACUGCCUACUUCAGAAAUAGUAGAAGAACCACCAACUUCAGAAAUGGUAGAAGAACCGCCUAUUUCAGAAAUGGUAGAAGAACUGCCUAUUUCAGAAAUAGUAGAAGAACCACCUACUUCAGAAAUAGUAGAAGAACCGCCUACUUCAGAAAUAGUAGAAGAACCGCCUAUUUCAGAAAUGGUAGAAGAACUGCCUAUUUCAGAAAUAGUAGAAGAACCACCUACUUUAGAAAUAGUAGAAGAACUGCCUACUUCAGAAAUAGUAGAAGAACCACCAACUUCAGAAAUGGCAGAAGAACCGCCUACUUCAGAAAUGGUAGAAGAAAUGCCUACUUCAGAAAUAGUAGAAGAACCACCAACUUCAGAAAUGGUAGAAGAACCGCCUAUUUCAGAAAUGGUAGCAGAACUUCCUUCCUCAGAAAUAGUAGAAGAACUGCCUAAUUCUGAGACUGGAGAUCAAACAGCCAAUGAUCCGCAAAGUUGCGAGGUUGAAAAAGCACCACAGCCCUGUCAGUCAGCAGAUAAACCUCUCGCGGUGAAUGGACCGCAAAUUCCUGAUGAGCCGCCGCUGUCCAAAAGGCAUAGAGACAGCACGGAGACGGAUGAUCCCGAUCCUAAAAGAAGGAAAGCAAAAGAACAGCAAAAUGACGAAAAAAUUUACCCAAGCUCAGAAGAUAAAAGUAAAGAUAGAGGUAUGUUACAGAGAAUAGAAGAAUCAGGACAACUCCUGCACACCACGUACUGCUACAAAACACCCAACCAACCAACUAUGCUGCCACCCAUUCUAAACAUGGGUGCUGAAAGUCAUGUUAAAGUCUAUCACACAUUUAAAAGUUCGAAGAAGAAAAUGUUGGUCUUACACGGACUACAAUACACCAACGAACAAUUCGCGUUGUUCAAACCCAACAAAACAGACUUCCCGUGUGAUGAGAACGAACUGGAUAAUGAGAAAGGAGGGAGUGAUUUCGUUCUGAUCGGAGAAGAUUUUGUGUUGAUAGUAGAAGUAUCCGACUUGAAUGAAAAUGAUGGACAGCAGAUAAGGAGUGUUUUUACGACAAAAGCAGAGCAAGGAGCAGUAACCGAGGAUCUCGUCAGAGAAAUGAUAAGGAGUUCUCAUGAAAACGUUGUUACUAGUCCAGUCAUCCUAAGGUUUUGUGCUUUCCCGAACCUGUCCAAAACAUCUACAUCAAACCUUACGGCAGAGGAGUUAUCGAGGGUUAUUCUUAGCGAGGAUCUAACUCACGAUACAAACUUCUCCGCGUGGUGGGAAAAGAAUGUUGCUAAAACCUCAAAGACUCCCCAAGGAAUAUUCAAAUACACUAAAGAAGUUCUCGUCGGACUCUGGGAUUAUCUUGCUUUUUCGUGGUGGGGAAGGGUCGUUACAAACGCACUGAAACCUUCCAAAGAAACAAUGACGCAUUUAACUAAACUUUUGAUAGGACUUUGGGACAUAAACUCGCAAGAUGAUGCCGAUAUGGAGAUCCAGCCUUAAAAGGAACAUUCUGGAAGUUCAAAACAAUUAAUCUUAACUCUCAGGCUACACCAUCAGAACGAAUACGUCAUAUUGCACGGACUAGGUGUAAAUUACAAGAUCUCAACUGAAAAUUGAACAAAGGGACCACAGAACCGGAAAAAGAAUCUGGACAGCAUCUGACUCCGACAUAUCUUAAACAGAAAUAAGCCUGAGGUCCUCAGGUAAGUAAAAUCUGGUUCGUCAUAGUGCGGCCUAUGCUAAAGAUGGAACAAACCAAAAGAAUGAACUGAGCAGGACAAUCAUAGACCUGAUGUAUCAUUGAUUAAGUUUGCAUGAUUGCAAGUAUAAAACUGUGGAGACACGAAUAUACACGGCGCAAGGAAUUUUACAUAUUUAAUAGUCAGACUACUGGUUAUUCAUUAAAGGUUACCAACUUAUAUCUUAAUUAUCAUUACCUUAGCAUUAUUAUCAUAACCUUCUAGCAUCAUUAUCAA